AUGUUGAGGAUGAUCCUGGGAAGACGGUGGAAACGUUGGGUUCGCCUGAUGUUACUGCUAUUGUGUUUAUUUCUUAUCUGGGAGUAUGCACAAGACCUGCUGCCAUCUUUUGAUAAUAUGGACAAUUCUGGGGUGAAGAUCAGAAAAGUGUUCGACCACUGGGGUAAAGAUGAGACAGAUAUUAACUGGUUGCCAACUCUCUUGGCUAAAAGGACACAGGAGAUUCCUCUUGUAGUUGUAGAGGAGCAUUAUGAAGUUCUCAAAUACUGGUUUCAAGCUGCUGAUCUGGGCAUCAUUCCAUUGUCCAAGAAUAUAUUGAUCCACAUAGAUGGCCAUGUUGAUGGUGCUAUACCUUUUGACACUGACAGUCUUCCUGUUUUCCGUUAUCCACAAAGUAGACAGGAAAUCCACAAUAUGAUGCAAAGAAAUGAUAUGUUCAUUGUGAUAGCAGCUUUGACGGGUUUUGUAAAUCAUGUGAUUUGGAUAUGGCCAAGCUGGGAUGUUGAUAAUCAUGAUGGGGCAGAGCAGAACCACCUAACCUUAGACAUAGAAAUGGGUUACAUAGAGAUAACAGUCCCAGAGGAGAUGAACAGACACAAGCUGGACUUGUGUGCCUGUUGGAGGCCCCAAGAAAGUGACAAAGGUACCAAAACAAACAAAGGCAUAGAAGCUUCAUGGGAGUGCCACAGAAGAAACUUUAGUGAGAUCGAAGCCCAAGAUGGUCCACGAGUACGCAGAGAACAGUGCAAAAUUCAUUCCACAGGUGUACUUGAAAUUAUGGGAGAAGCUGUAGCUGAAAAGGAACUGAAGAAAGUUAAACUUUCAGGGCAAAAUUCGGGGUUAAUCCUAGAUGUUGACGAAGAUUUCUUUGGGUGUUGGAGUGAUAUGAUUACAAUGGAAGAGGUGGGAAUAAACAGAAAAGACAUUACUUUGAUAUCAGAUAUUGUGGCUGAUUUGCUCUUUAGCCUAACAGCAGAAGAGGAGCAGCUUGCAGAUGGGGUUUAUACCUCACUUGUACAUUUUGUUAUCAGGUUAAAAGCUAGAAGCUGUGACACAACCAAUGGCUUUCAGUCAAUAAACAAAGACUGUUUAACAGAUAUUGAAGUCAGUAAUUAUCUUAUUGAAAAUAUUCCCAACAUCAUUAUGUUUCUUCAGAAUAAUGUGGGGGACGCUGUUUUACGAUUUACUGAUCCAAAGCAAGUAGGAUUUUAUCUGCAAAGUUUAUUGUUGGUUUUGAAUAGUUUGUCUGUGAAGCAACUCAAAGUCCUAGCAGAUUUAGGAAUAUGUUUCAAUAUGUCCCCUUCCUCUCUUUAUUUUGGAAAUAACGGACAGUUUCAGGUGUGCUAUGGAGAUAACAUUCCAAAUAACACAAUGGUAACAUUUCAUUUGCCCACAGAGGAAGAGAUCAUUACACGAACAGUCAGUUUGAAAAAGAUAUUAAGCUCAUUAUUCCAGAGACCAGAUUUGGUGACGGUAUGCCGAUCAGUUCGGGACGGGUAUACGCCCAAACAGUUUUUUAAUAUUAUUGAAUCAAAUGUGUUGCAGAGUAUAGCCCUGACAUAUAGAAGUGUACAGUAUGAGAAUGUUCAUUUUGAUACUUCAUUGCUGGGUGGAAAGAUUGGGUGGUCACAUCGGUCCAACACUUUGGGUCAUAGAUUGUUACAGUAUUUGUCUUUAUAA